GUAAAUGUGGACUAAUUGAUAAUUAUUGUUAUAAAAGAGGUUACACAAACCUUAAAUAAACAUAAAAAUGGAUUUAAUUGUUUUAUUGUGUGCCUUUUUCGCGUUGGGGGUUUUUUGUGCCCCCAUGGACGACACAAACGAUGUAACAAUCGACGAAGAAGAUUUCCAAAACGACACUCAACCUGCACCAAACCUAAAAACCUUGGAAGACAAACCUGAAACAAACGAGAAAAACCCUGUGCAAGAGUGGUUCGAAAAUUUAGGUAAAAACAUGUCGACCAACACCCAAAACACCAUGACUAAUAUAAAAAAUUGGUUUACACAAUUGGCACAAAAUAACAAUGGCGGGCAAAAUUUACCAACCAUGUAUAUGGGUUCGUUCCAGUUACUCAAAAUGCCCAUGCCUCAAUUUAGUGAUGUUAUUAAAGGGAUGGGAGAUGUGGCAACAGUGGUUCAAAGUUUGAAUAAGUUGGGAGGGAAAAAAUAGUUCUUUGGUUGUGUUUAUUGACUUAGUUGAUUAAUACUGAGCUACAAAUAUACAAAUAUGGCCGAUUAGUAAUAAAACAGUCCC